AAUCGCGGCUGUGGGGCUGGAAGUUUGGCAGGAGUGGCAAGGCAUCGCUCGAAAUUUCUAAAAGAACUGGGAAAAAUGGCAUCCAUGUUAAUGCACACCAUCCGGAGCUGCCCGGUAAACACGUCCAGGGCAGUUCAGUUCGCUGCAAGAUCCCUGACCACAUCUGCUCACCUUCAGGCCCAAGCAGCGCAAACUAAAAGCAAGAAGACUUUGGGCAAACCUGGUUUCAGGAACAUUGUUUUAGUGGAGGGUGUUCGUACGCCUUUUCUCAUGUCUGGUACUACAUACAGCGAUUUGAUGCCUCAUGAUCUGGCCAGAGCAGCACUGCAGGGCCUCCUGAACAAAACUGGCCUUCCAAAAGAUGCAGUGGAUUACAUUGUCUAUGGCACAGUGAUCCAGGAAGUGAAGACUAGUAACGUUGCCAGAGAGGCUGCUCUGGGAGCAGGAUUCUCAGACAAAAUUCCAGCUCAUACUGUCACCAUGGCGUGCAUAUCAUCUAAUCAAGCUAUGACCACAGCUGUCGGGCUCAUCGCCUCCGGCCAGUGCGACGCCGUGGUAGCAGGGGGCGUGGAGUUCAUGUCCGACGUGCCCAUCCGCCACAGCCGCAAGAUGAGGAAGACCAUGCUGUCGCUCAACAAGGCCAAGACCAUGGGCCAGAGGCUGGCGCUGCUGGGCUCCAUCCGCCUCAGCCACCUGUCUCCGGAGCUCCCUGCAGUGGCAGAGUUCUCCACUUCUGAGACCAUGGGCCACUCGGCGGACAGGCUGGCGGCUGCUUUCGGGGUGACCCGCCAAGAGCAGGACGAGUUCGCCCUCCGCUCCCACUCGCUGGCCAAGAAGGCCCAGGAUGCAGGCCUCCUGAGUGAUGUCAUCAGCUUCAAAGUGCCAGGAAAGGACACGGUGUCUAAGGACAACGGGAUCAGACCGAGCUCCCUGGAACAGAUGGCCAAACUGAGGCCCGCUUUCAUCAAGCCCCACGGCACUGUCACCGCCGCAAACUCCUCGUUCCUGACUGACGGCGCCUCUGCGGUUCUCAUCAUGUCUGAAGAAAAAGCGCUGGCCAUGGGCUACAAGCCUAAAGCAUACCUGAGAGAUUUUGUGUACGUGUCCCAGGACCCCAAAGAUCAGCUGCUUUUGGGGCCCACGUACGGCACUCCAAAAGUCCUUCAAAGGAGUGGUUUGACAAUGGAUGAUAUUGAUGUUUUCGAGUUUCAUGAAGCUUUUGCCGGACAAAUUAUGGCAAACCUGAAGGCCAUGGACUCAGAUUGGUUUGCACAGACGUAUAUGGGGAGGAAGUCUAAGGUUGGGACGCCCCCCAUGGAGAAGUUCAACACCUGGGGAGGGUCUCUGUCCCUAGGGCACCCCUUCGGGGCAACAGGGUGUCGGCUGGUGACGACAGCAGCACACAGACUUCAUAAGGAGGGGGGGCAGUACGCGCUUGUGGCAGCCUGUGCUGCGGGGGGUCAGGGGCAUGCCAUGGUUGUCGAAGCCUAUCCCCAGUAAAGUGAGGUGGGCGUGGCUUCAGGUGACAGGAGUGACCCCUGGUGCGGGCCAGUCCAAUGCACAGCGCAUAAAGAUCAGUAGUUUGUCGCUGCCAGAAAACUCUGUGUAAAUACUAAUACCAAAUUGCCUUGAUGAUAAGAGUUACUGUAUGAUGGUUCAGCUACAUGAAGUUUGUAAUGUAUUUUCUGUCAGAUGGAUGCUGGAAUUGGAAGUGCAGGGAUUCACAAGCCAAGCUUUUCUGAGUGAGACACGUUUUGGCAUGACAUCUACCUUAAGUACCUUAGAAGAGAAGUGACAGGGCGGAUGAUUCGCUGCUUGUUAAGCCAGAUUUUAUCUGAAGUUGUAAAGAUGCACAUGUAGUAGCAAAAUCCUGAAUUGUGGAAAUUACAUUUGUAUUAACAGUUUAAGGAUUUUUCUUACCAACCUGCAGAGUGAAACGGAUAAUAAAACCUCAAA